GUUGAGACUUUGUCAGGCCUUUCUAGUGAAGGACACAAGGCUCAGGACUUUGUCUGUGGAUUACCUGCAAGAAUCCGCAAAAUUGAAGAGAGAGCUCAAGGAAGCAGCCAAAGAAGCAGCCAAAAACGUACCAUUCAGCUGGAUUUUUGGUCGAUGACGUUCACAGAUGACGUUCAAAUAAUCCCCGAGUAAGCCAUAAAAACAUCUUCACCGAUGACGUUCCAGUCUUAAGACCACGAAAGUUCAUUUGAAUAUGUUUUUGUUUUAUACGGAACACUGUAGAUAAAGUUAUGUUUCUUGUUUUGAGUUAGUCCAAGACCAUAAAAUGCUGUUUUGAGUGUUCCUAGUGAUAAUGUCUGGUUACCAAGAACAAAGACUUUUUUUUUUUUUUAAGAACAAAGAACGAAGACUUUACGAGUUUGCUUUUCUUAUUUUGUUGUAUCAGUAGUACUUAAUAAUGUUUUCUCAUAAGCAAAGAAUGGUUUGUAAUUUAAACCUCUUGUUCAAGUAACAACCAACCAAAAGUGACCGUUUUAUUACUAUAAUAACAAAGAUGAAACUUAAAAAGAACGUUUUAAUACAAUUGAAACAGAGUAAAGUCUUAGAUGAAACCAUAACUGCAAACCCACAAAUCAAAACUGUUUCUUAUGUUACUCUCUCACAUUAAAAGAAGAAGAAAGACUAUACUCACCAUCUUGUUAAACUUCAAAGAUCAUGUUCCCAAAGAAACCAACUGAUUCAUCUACCACACAUCAACAUAACUUCGACGAGUCUCGAUGGGUCAUCAACGUCAGAAAAUCUCUAGACGCAGAGCUCGAAGAACAACACUCUCUCGAACAAGUCACAGUCAGCAUUUUCACCGUCCCUAAAGCACUAAUGUGCACCCAUCGAGACUCAUACACACCUCAGCGAGUCUCCAUCGGACCAUACCACUGUCUCAAACCAGAGCUUCACGAAACAGAGAGGUACAAACUAACGAUCGCUAGAAAAUUUCGAAACAACUCCAAAUCUUUCAGGUUCCACGACCUCGUCGAGAAGCUGCACCCCAUGGAGGUAAAGAUCCGAGCUUGCUAUCACAAGUACAUCGCGCUGAGCGAGGAGACUCUGCUGUGGAUAAUGGCGAUAGACUCGUCGUUCUUGAUCGAGUUUCUUAAGGUGUAUUACGGUUUCGGAAAGGUCGAGACUUUGAUUAACAGAGUUGGUCACAACGAGAUUCUUAGAGAUGUAAUGAUGUUAGAGAAUCAAAUCCCGUUGUUCGUUUUGAGGAAAACGUUAGAGUUUCAGCUUGAAUCGACGGAAUCAGCUGAUGCUCUGUUGGUCUCUGUUCUUACUGGACUCUGCAGAGAUCUCUCUCCUCUUGUGAUCAAAUUCGAAGAUUGUGAGACUCUGAAGGCUCAGAUUCAUGAGUAUAACCAUAUCUUAGACUUCUUGUAUCAGAUGAUCGUUCCAAGAAUCGAAGAAGAAGAAGAAGAAAACAGAGGAGACGAAAACAGAGCAGGCGAAAACAGAGCAUGUAAGCUUCUGAGAGAGAUGAAGCUUCAGUUCAAGAGGGUCUUCGCGUCUCGACCUGCUGAUACGAUCUUGAGACUUCCAUGGAGAGUCAUAUCGAAUCUCCCCGGCUUCAUCGCUCUGAACUAUCUCUUCACCAGACAAGAAAACGAAGAAACAUCACCAACGGUCUCUGUUCUCGACAUCGAAAAGCCUCCUCUAGUCUCCGAACUCACAAUCCCAUCGGUCUCCGAACUCCACAAAGCAGGAGUUAAAUUCAAACCAACACAAAACGGCAACGUUUCGACCGUUUCAUUCGACUCAAACUCAGGCCACUUCCACCUCCCUGUGAUAAACCUAGACAUCAACACGGAGACCGUUCUUCGAAACCUCGUGGCCUACGAAGCUUCCAACACUUCGGGAGGACCGUUAGUGUUCACUCGCUACACGGAGCUGAUAAACGGAAUCAUCGAUUCUGAUGAGGACGUUAGGUUGCUUAGGGAGCAAGGCGUUCUAGUGAGCCGUCUCAAGAGCGAUGAAGAAGCUGCGGAGAUGUGGAACGGUAUGAGCAAGUCUGUGAGGCUGACCAGAGUUGGGUUCUUGGAUAAGACUAUUGAGGAUGUGAACCGGUAUUAUACCGGUCGGUGGAAGGUUAAGAUUGGGAGGUUUGUUGAGGUUUAUGUUUAUGGUUCUUGGAAGAUUUUUGCGUUUUUGGCGGCGGUUUUGUUGUUGAUUUUGGUUUCUUUGCAAGUGCUCUCGUUGGUGUUUAGCUCCUUGAGGCUGCUUGGGUUAAGAACCGGUUAGGUGUAAUUGCAUUUGGGGACGAUGUGACUUGGAUUUGGUUUGGUUUACUGUGGUUCUCUUUUGAUUUGGCCAAACUCGCCAAUUCGAACCAAAAUGUUCGGUUAAUUCUGUUAGGAGUUUGGUUUGAUUCAAUAAGUUUUCUAAAAAUAUAGUAUGUUUUUGGUUCGGUUCGGUUCGGCAAUCAUUUAUUUUAAUUUUUUAAAACAAAAAAAUGAAUAGCUAAAUCAUACCAAAAACUUGAACUAACUGAAGUAAUUAAAUUUCUAGAAGAACUAAUCGAUAUUUAAUUUAUCCGAAAUUUUAACAAAAUUUGAUCAAAGGAAUUAAAAACUUCGCUAAGACUUUCAAAACCGAAGUAAUUAGAUACCAAAUCAAAUCAAAUUUUAUUUUGGAUUAAUUCGGUAAAGAUUAAUGUUUAAUCGAACCGACCGAAAACCAACUUACCCAAACU